GUGCAUUCAAAAGAUGUAAAGAAUGUAUGAAAGGGAGAGGUGUUUAAAAUGAAAACAAAAACAAAGAAUGGCUUUGAUUUCAGUGGAUCGCACGCCACACUAUACAAAGACAAGCUUUGGAGCAGAUGCCAACCCUCUGAAAUUCUACUCCACCACAUAUUCCACAACGUAUGGUCGUGAAAGAUUUGAACCAAGAAAAUGCGAGGAGUUUGGGUCUGGAUAUGUAACCAAUCAAAGACCAGUUUUAUGCUACUCAUCAUCUUUAGACAGAUUAGACAAUCCAAUUCUCGGGCAGCUUUUACGAGAUAACUAUAAUUCAAUAACCAAGAAGGACUUUGUGAAGUAUGCUCGCCCGAAUGGCAAAGAAGACUUUCCUCACAAGUUGCAUUCUAUUGGCAGUGGAUUUAUGCGGAAGAAGCCACUGAACUUUCCAUACCUCAAAGAUAUGAAAGAAACCCAUAUUGACACAAGGGACCAUGGACCAUCUUCUAUCACAGGGAUUGAACCUAAACACAUACCCUUACUUCAUCAAAUUCAACCACGGGACCCAGCGAUGCAAGAGAAUGGAGGUUAUGGACCAAGCUACAUGUCCACAGAAUACAGUACUAAAUACAAACUCAAACCAUUGGAUUUGCCAGUUUUCUCCCAACACAAAACCGUGGGGAAAAAGGAGAACAGUGGGUUCACAGAAGGCUCACCUCUGAAACCCAUCACUUACAAUCAUCCGUUAGCAUACCAAGGUGACCUGCCGGGAUAUUGCACAGAUCGACCAACUGGAAUCUCCAUAACAAAAUCGGACUAUCUACUUUCUGGAACUUUACAUGGAGAUGAAUUUUUGCCUGCCGUGGCAAAUAAGGCUGACAGAAGCACUGGUUUCACUCAUCGAGUUGGAUUAUCACUGGAUACCGCACUGCCAACUGGGCUACAGAACCUUCCCACGGCUAAAGUAGAAAAGCUAAAGAAGGAAGAUCCAGUUGAGUACCUUAACAGAAGCCAUCUUGAUGAACCUAGCAGCAUCAACUCCCUGACCUACACCUAUCCAGAACAUAGACCAUUAAAAACAGAACUGCUGGGCAAUGUUAGUGUUGGUGCUAAGGAGCUUACUGGAUUUAGUAGCAAUGAAAAGGUCUACAUACAUCCAGCCAAGACUGCAACAGAUGCUGACAGAUUUUUAACAAAUUAUAAACUUUGGCACAAUGACAAAACUCCAAAAGGACAGGAUAGAGAAGGUUGGACAAGAGGAGGAAUUCAGAAACAGUUUCCUCAUAGUUAUGCUACUAGCUCCAAGAUUCAUCAGCAUGGCCCAGACUACAAUGUAACUGAAACUUUACGCCGGAUUCAGCCCUAUGUGGUGAGAACAUUAAAGUCUGUUGAUGAAUUUUACGAUGAUCACACUUAUGAUCACAAAUUGCGUCCGCCUGGGCUGACCCUCUGAGGGUAACAGUGGUUUACAUCAGUCAUCGUUUCUUCAGUGGAAGCAGAAAGAAAGUAAUUCGUCCUGAAUUCAAUCUCACUUUAAGAAUAUGGUACUUAUCAGUUUGUAGCUGUUCUUCACACAGACAUCCCUUCAACAUUCGGGGACAAGAGUAACCCAAGAAGAUCAUGUUGAGUGAUGUUAUUUCACUACGUUCAGAUAAAUAUUUGUUGAUCCUGUUGAAUAAUGGUUGUUAGGGAAUGUAGUUGAUCAUUUCUGAUAUGGCUCAACUUGCAUUCCAGUUUAAAUGUGCCAUCAAUCCAAUUUCAUUAAAAAAUAAACCAGAUGGGAAACAGUUGACUUAACACUAAUCCAGCAUUUUCACAGCACCAGCAAAUAUAGGAAAAUAAAUUUCACAUAAUUGCAACAUAAAACUAAAUGUUUCAUAAGACAAUGUUUUGAAUGAAGUUCAGGGGUCUGCUGUUGCUUGUGGAGGUCUCCAUGGAGUAAUAAGAACAUUGGAAUUUCUUCAAAGGCAUUUUUUUUAUCUGGUUGCCAAGGCUCGAGUGAUGGCUUUUAAGCAGUGACUUGUAAUCUCUGAUUUACUAAUUUUACUCCACUUUUCAGUCCCCAUUGUAAAUUGAAUAGCUUUAAGACACACGUCUUUUCCUCACACCCAGUAAUUAUUUUUACACGACACAAAAAGUAAUUUCCAAGAUGUUAUCUGUAUUGUGGAAAUAGCCUUCACUUUAUUAAACGAAAACCGAAAAUGCUGUAGAAACUCAACAGGUCUGGCAGUGUCUAUGGACAAAGAAACAGAGUUUACAUUUGAGUCUGAAUUCUGUGUUUUUGUUUCCAGUUUCAAGCAUCUGCAGUAUUUGCUCCUCUUUAUUCUGCUUUACACUGUCAAUAUGUUAAUAGCUACCUGGUGCACAUAUAUGUAAAACCACACCCAAGGUUCCCAACCUCAUUUCUCAUUUCUGCCGAAGAGCUUUUGCCCGAAAUGUAGGUUUUCCUGCUCCUCGGAUGUUG